CCGGCUGGCGGAACGAGUGGAGGCUGCAGCCCGGUUUGGCUCGCGCGUCGCCACUGCUGCCGCGAAGACCCCCGCCCCGCUUCCGCUGCGUUGGGAUGAGCUCCCGGAAAGUGCUGGCCAUUCAGGCCCGAAAGCGGAGGCCGAAAAGAGAGAAACAUCCGAAAAAAAAUCAAGCAGAAGAUUGAGCUGCUGAUGUCAGUUAACUCUGAGAAGUCGUCCUCUUCAGAAAGGCCGGAGCCUCAACAGAAAGCUCCCUUAGUUACUCCACCGCCACCUCCGCCACCACCGCCACCUCUACCAGACCCCACGCCUCCAGAGCCAGAGGAGGAGAUCCUGGGCUCAGAUGAUGAGGAGCAGGAGGACCCCGCAGACUACUGUAAAGGUGGCUAUCAUCCAGUGAAAAUUGGAGACCUCUUCAAUGGCCGAUACCAUGUUAUUAGGAAGCUAGGAUGGGGACACUUCUCUACUGUCUGGCUGUGCUGGGAUAUGCAGGGGAAAAGAUUUGUUGCAAUGAAAGUUGUAAAGAGUGCCCAGCAUUAUACGGAGACAGCCUUGGAUGAAAUAAAAUUGCUCAAAUGUGUUCGAGAAAGUGAUCCCAGUGACCCAAAUAAAGACAUGGUAGUACAGCUAAUUGAUGACUUCAAGAUUUCAGGGAUGAAUGGAAUACAUGUCUGCAUGGUCUUCGAAGUGCUUGGCCACCAUCUCCUCAAGUGGAUCAUCAAGUCCAACUAUCAAGGCCUUCCAGUACGUUGUGUGAAGAGCAUCAUUCGACAGGUACUUCAGGGGUUAGAUUAUCUACACAGUAAGUGCAAGAUCAUUCAUACUGACAUAAAGCCGGAAAACAUCUUGAUGUGUGUGGAUGAUGCAUAUGUGAGAAGAAUGGCAGCCGAGGCCACUGAGUGGCAGAAAGCCGGAGCUCCUCCUCCUUCUGGGUCUGCAGUGAGUACCGCUCCACAGCAGAAACCUAUAGGAAAAAUUUCUAAAAACAAAAAGAAAAAACUGAAAAAGAAACAGAAAAGGCAGGCUGAGUUACUGGAAAAGCGCCUGCAGGAAAUAGAAGAACUGGAGCGCGAAGCUGAAAGGAAAAUAAUAGAAGAAAAUGUCACAUCAGCUGUACCUUCCAAUGAGCAAGAUGAUGAAUACCGCCCAGAGGUGAAACUAAAAACUGCAGGAUUAGAGGAGGCUGCUGAGGGAGAGACUGCACGCGACAGUGGUGAAGCUGAGGAUCAGGAAGAGAAAGAAGAUGCUGAGAAAGAAAACAUUGAGAAAGACGAAGAUGUUGAACAGGAACUUGAGAACAUAGAUCCUACAUGGAUUGAAUCACCCAAAACCAAUGGCCAUAUUGAGAAUGGCCCGUUCCUACUGGAACAGCAGCUGGAUGAUGAAGACGAUGAUGAAGAAGAUUGCCCAAAUCCUGAGGAAUACAACCUUGAUGAGCCAAAUGCAGAAAGCGAUUACACAUAUAGCAGCUCCUAUGAACAAUUCAAUGGGGAAUUGCCAAAUGGACGACAUAAAAUAUCUGAGUCACAGUUUCCAGAGUUUUCCACAUCACUGUUCUCUGGGCCCUUAGAACCUGUGGCUUGUGGCUCUGCACCUUCCGAGGGAUCCCCACUUACUGAGCAUGAAGAGAGCAGUCCGUCCCAUGACCGAAGCAGGACGGUUUCAGCCUCCAGCACUGGGGAUUUGCCAAAGACAAAAACCCGGGCGGCCGACCUGUUGGUGAAUCCCCUGGAUCCACGGAAUGCCGAUAAAAUUAGAGUUAAAAUUGCUGACCUGGGAAAUGCUUGUUGGGUGCAUAAACACUUCACCGAAGAUAUCCAGACACGGCAGUAUAGAUCCAUAGAGGUUUUAAUAGGAGCAGGUUACAGUACACCUGCUGACAUUUGGAGCACAGCGUGUAUGGCGUUUGAGCUGGCAACGGGAGAUUAUUUGUUUGAGCCGCAUUCUGGAGAGGACUAUUCCAGAGAUGAAGACCACAUAGCCCACAUCAUAGAGCUGCUAGGCAGUAUCCCGAGGCACUUUGCUCUAUCUGGAAAAUACUCUCGGGAAUUCUUCAAUCGCAGAGAUCACAUAGCAUUGAUCAUUGAACUGCUGGGGAAAGUUCCUCGAAAAUACGCUAUGUUGGGGAAAUAUUCCAAGGAGUUUUUCACCAGAAAAGGAGAACUGCGGCACAUCACCAAGCUGAAGCCCUGGAGCCUCUUUGAUGUACUUGUGGAAAAGUAUGGGUGGCCCCAUGAAGAUGCUGCACAGUUUACAGAUUUCCUGAUUCCAAUGUUAGAAAUGGUUCCUGAAAAACGCGCUUCAGCUGGCGAAUGCCUUCGGCACCCUUGGUUGAAUUCUUAGCAGAUUCUACAAAUACAGCAUUCUGAGCUAGCAAAUGUUUCCCAGUACAUUGGACCUAAAUGGUGACUCUCAUUCUUUUAACAGGAUUACAAGUGAGCUGGCUUCAUCCUCAGACCUUUAUUUUGCUUUGAGGUACUGUUGUUUGACAUUCUGCUUUUGUGCACUGUGAUCCUGGGGAAGGGUAGUCCUUUGUCUUCAGCUUAGUAGUUUACUGAUCCACUUUCUUCUGGAAACAAUAACACGUCUCUAAGCAUUGUUUCUUGUGUUGUGUGACAUUCAAAUGUCAGGGGUUUUUUUGAACGACAAAACUUUCCCCCUUGUGUUUUGGCAGGUUUUGUAACUAUUUAUGAAGAAAUAUUUUAGCCUAAUACUAUAUAAUUUACAAUCUUAAGAAAUUAUCAAGUUGGAACCAAGAAAUAGCAAGGAAAUGUACAAUUUUAUCUUCUGGCAAAGGGACAUCAUUCCUGUAUUAUAGUGUAUGUAAAUGCACCCUGUAAAUGUUAAUUUCCAUUAAAUAUAGGAUGGGAAUUCCAAUUUCAGAAAAGCUACCAAGUCUUGAGUGCUUUGUAGCCUAAGUUGCAUGUAGCAGACUUAGCUCCAAGGAGUUGUACAAACUUUUCAUUCCGUAACAGUCCUUUUUCAUGGGAUUUUAAACAAAGUGGCUCUGGGUUAUGUCAUUCCUUAUAUGGCAUUUUAAAGAAGGAAAAAACAUACUUCCCACUCUGAAGUAUGUAUUAUAGUUUAGCAUUCCCCUUCCUAUUUUUGCAUAUUUUAAAAGUACUUUUAAAAGAAAAGAGAAAUUCCCCUUUAAAAAUGAGAUGGCCCGGUACCAUGUGGUGUUGCCUCCUGCAAACACUGUAAGUUAAAGUCUACAUAGAUUAAACUGGACAAGAGAAAUACGUUUGGUGUGUGGAAUGAAAAUAUAUAUAUAUUUUUUGGAAAAUCUUGCUCAUAUUUGUCUAGAACCAAGGUAUGGUAUAUACAAUUUUCAGUGCACAAUGGGCAGAAAGAACACUAACGCACACUUUGGAGGUAACAGUGAGCGCAUACAUUCCAUAGGCAUUUUUGUGUGUAACUAUAGCCAAUUUUACUAGCUUUUUGGUUGUCUUUCUAUGCACUGAAGUUGAGAAAAUGAUUUCCCUUCGCAGGUUGCACACAAUUUUGUUUAUGCGUUUCCUUAAAAUUGUAGAAUCCAAGACACAAACCAUAGUAGGCAAUACAAUUUUAGAAUGUAAUACAAAAAGGUAUAUUUAGCCUCUUUUAGGAGUCAGUGGAUUGACUGCCAGUUGUUGUUUUUUUAAUUUUACAUUUAUUAAGGUGCCUCCUUUUUCUUGACUUUGUCCAUUAACAAUUUAUCCAUAUGCCUUUGCAAUAACUAGAUUGUGAAAAGAUAACAAGUGUUGUAACAACAAUCCAUUGUUUGAGGUGCUUGCGGUUGUUUUAAAAAUUAAAGUGUUUUCAGGUUUU